UGCAUUGUGCUUUAUCUUCCUGUGCCAUUUUACACCCGUGUUUAAGUUUCAACUUUAACUCAUUAGAAAUAAUCAGUAUCCAAAACCAAGUGAUUUAUGUAUGUGUAUGUUAUGUGGGAAUUUACGUGAUGUUGUUGAGAAAACUCAAGCUGUUUAGUAACCUUACAUUUUGAUCGGGUGUUAAAGUGAAGCGAGAAGAAAAGUUAUUGACUUCCUCAAUAAAUGUAUCUGUGCAGCUUCGUGAAGACUGAAUGAAUCAUGGAGGACACACAAGCAUUGAGAGAUGGAGAUGUUUCUCCAGGAGGCGGUAAAUUUCAGGGGGACAGAUCAAACUCAUCAGAGCCCAGCUGUGUGUCCAUGAAGAGUAAUCGGUCUAUGGAUAAACCAGUAAAAUUUGAGGGAAGACACACAUCACCUGAUCUGAGUGAGCAGUUAGCCGACACUCAAGGAAUAUUAAGGAGAAAACAUAUGCCAUCUAAUCUGAGUCAUGACACUCAACUGUCAUUCAGCAGAUUCAAAUCAAAUCUGCUGAAGAAGUUUGAGCAUCUGUAUGAAGUAACAGUGACGCAGGGAAACCCAACUCUCCUGAAAAAGCUCUACACAGAGCUCUACAUCACAGAGAGUGAGAGUGGAGAGAUCAGUAGUGAGCAUGAGGUGAGACAGAUUGAGACACAGUCCAGGAGAGCAGCAACAGAGGACACAGCCAUCAAAUGCAAUGACAUCUUUAGACCUUUACCUGGACAAGACAAAGCCAUCAGAACUGUGCUGACAAAAGGAGUCGCUGGCAUUGGAAAAACAGUCUCUGUGCAGAAGUUGAUCCUGGACUGGGCUGAAGGGAAAGAGAAUCAGGACGUCCAGCUUAUAUUUCCACUUCCUUUCAGAGAAAUCAAUCUGAUGAAGCACAAAACACUCAGUCUUUCAGAUCUGCUUCAUGUCUUUUUCCCUGAAACAAAAGAAAUAGAAAUAUCUUGUGAUGAAUAUAAAGUGCUGUUCAUCUUUGAUGGUCUGGAUCAGUGUCGUCUGUCUUUGGACUUUAAGAGUAAAGUGAAACUGUGUAAUAUAUCUGAAUCAGUCUCAGUGGACGUGCUGCUGGUGAACCUCAUUGUGGGGAAUCUGCUUCCUUCUGCUCUCAUCUGGAUCACCUCCAGACCAGCUGCAGCUGAUCUUAUCCCCUCUGAGUGUGUCCAUCGAGUGACAGAAGUACGAGGCUUCAAUGAUCCAGAGAAGGAGAAAUACUUCAGAAAGAGAAUCCGUGAUCAGAGUCUGGCCAAUACAAUCAUCUCACACCUGAAGUCAUCAAGGAGCCUCUACAUCAUGUGCCACAUCCCAAUGUUCUGCUGGAUCUCAGCCGCUGUUCUGGAGAAGAUUUUGAGUCAAGCAGAGAGUGGAGAGAUUCCCAAAACUCUCACUCAAAUGUACACACACUUCCUGAUCCUUCAGACCAACAUCAAACAUCAGAAGGACUAUGACAAGACAGUCAAAGAUGAAGAUAUAAUUGUCAAACUGGGGAAACUGGCUUUUAAACAGCUUGUGAAAGGUACCAUAAUCUUCUAUGAGGAGGACCUGAGAGAGUGUGGCAUUGAUGAGACAGAAGCAGCAGUGUACUCAGGAUUGUGCACUCAGAUCUUCAGAGAAGAGUCAGGCUUGUAUCAGGGGGAAGUCUUCUGCUUUGUUCAUCUUAGCAUCCAGGAACAUCUAGCAGCCCUAUAUGCACAUGUCUCCUUUACAAAGAACUGUAUAAAUGUGUUUGACCAAACUGAUCAUAGUCUCUUCACCAAAGUUUUAAACCAGAAGAAAUAUGUUUCAUUAUCUGAGCUGCAUAAGAGAGCUGUAGAUGAAGCUUUACAAAGUAAAAAUGGACAUCUGGAUCUUUUCCUGCGUUUUCUUCUGGGUUUUUCAUUGGAGUUCAAUCAGACUCUCCUACGAGUACUACUGACACAGACAGGAAGCUGCUCCUACAACAAAGAGGAGACAGUCGAGUUAAUCAAACAGAAGAUCAGGGCGAAUUACUCUUCAGAGAGAUCCAUCAAUCUGUUCCACUGUCUGAAUGAACUUGGAGAUGAUUCACUGAUGCAAGAGAUCCAGGGUUAUCUGAGAUCUGGACAAAUAGCAGAAACCAAACUCUUCUCUUCACAGUGGUCAGCUCUGGUUUAUGUGCUGCUGACAUCAGAGCAGAAGAUUGAUGAAUUUAAUCUGGAACAGUUUACUGGAGCUCAAAAUACAGCAGAUGAAGUUCUUCAGAAGCUGCUGCCUGUGAUUAAAGAAUCCAGAUCAGUUCAGUUGAGUGAUUGUGGAGUCACAGAUGAAGGUUGUGCUGCUCUGGCUUCAGCUCUGAGAUCAAACCCUUCACACCUGAGAGAACUGCAUCUGUCUGGAAAUAAACUAGGAGUGUCAGGAGUGAAUCUGCUCUCUGAUGUACUGAAGGAUCCUCGCUGUAAACUGGAAACACUGUGGUUGAGUGAUUGUGAAGUCACAGAGGAAGGUUGUGGUGCUCUGGCUUCAGCUCUGAGAUCAAACCCCUCACAUCUGAGAGAACUGGAUCUGUCUGUAAAUAAAUUAGGAGCGUCACGAGUGAAUCUGCUCUCUGAUCUACUGAAGGAUCCUCGCUGUAAACUGGAAACACUGGGGUUGAGGGAUUGUGGAGUCGAAGAUGAAGGUUGUGCUGCUCUGGCAUCAGCUUUGAGAUCAAACCCCUCACACCUGAGAUAUCUGGAUUUGUCUGGAAAUAAUCUAAGAGCAUCAGGAGUGAAUCUGCUCUCUGAUCUACUGAAGGAUCCUCGCUGUAAACUGGAAACACUGUGGUAAGAUUUUAUAAAUCUGUCAGCAUCCUCCUAAAGUUUGCUCCUUUGUUAAUUAUGAACAAAAUGAAAACCAAAACUGUCAUAAAGAAAGUUUCCUGUCAGUUACUUGAAAAUAUUGCUGUUUUAAUAUUCAUUACAUUCUUUCCAAAGUUUUUGACACAAUUAUAAAAUACUUAUGAUAUUAUUGGUUGAGUGGAUGAUCUAAAAACAGCGGUUUUAUAUCAUACAGGUGAUUUUAAUGCACAUAAUAGUAUUUGGGGUAGCAGAAACACAGAUAAAAAUGAAGUAAUAGAAUAAUUGGUAGGAUGUCAAGGCAAAUUGAAUGUAUUACAAGUUUCUUUUCAAUAAACAGCAAUCAAUUUUCAUAAACAUCAUAGUGAAUGGACUGAUCUU